ACAAAAUACAGCCACUGACGACGAAGAUGAGUCGCAGCACCACCCGUCACCGCAUAGGCCCGUCGAGGUACGAAUUUAACGACCCAGCAGCAGCUGACGACCGGGACGAACGAUGUCGCAUGCUGGAAGAGUUCGAGCAAAGCCAGAAAGCGGCCGCCCAACGGCAUCCCCUCGAACGCACCAUGGACCGCACCCUGUCUCCGGCGCUGCGUGAAAGGACGAAGCAUUGCAUACAGGCGGUGCCGCCCCGUUUUCAGCCGCCCUCGUCCAUUGCCACCCGCCAAACCGACGGCGAUAGUAGCCGCCCGUCCCACGAACUCGGCUCACUAAUUCCCGCGCAAAAAGCGACCACGGUCCAGGUGACGAUAGACCCGCGCACCAAACCGCGACCCCUUCCGCCGAGGGUGGAAAAUUGGAUGGAAAACUUUCUCCGGAAGCCAGCGCGUGGCCGCGUCCGGUGGCGGUCGAAGCUGCACGAACAGGAACCACGCUGCUCGGACCGGCCGCCGGCCGAGCGGGUCGAACAGCUGAUCGACGUGGGAGCGCAAGACUUUGUCGACUGGCUGAACACGCUCGGCGCGGACCGGUCCAGCCUGACGACGGACGUGGUGAAGCGACUGUUCUCGAUCGAGUCGGCCGACGAAACGUCCCGGGCGCUCAGCAUCGCACCGAAGGAGAUACGGGCCGUGCCGGGACAGGUGGCGACGGAGUGGAACUUGCCGCAGCUGGCACUGGAGAACCGUAUUGCAGGGCUGGUGGAGCACGACCGGGCGCUGGCAAGGGGUGGCAUUAGAAGGACAGCUUUCGGGCGUGGAUUGCCGCAGGAGUUGCGGAGCGGUUGGAAGCAGGACGAUGCACUGGUCGGGUGCGAUGUGGAGCGACCAGACGUUCCGGACGAUUUGAUGAGUUUGAAGCGACUGUUCCGUGACAUCUGGCACCUGCGCUCGGUCAAGUAUUUGGUGGACUAUUUGGUCGAGCGACCGGCACUGCCACGGCCACGGUUUUUGGUGGAGAAGGGUCUGUUUGAGCGGCAGGCUGUUGACGAGCCGGUACCAUUCUAUCGGAAAGUUCUGUCCCAGAAAGCCAUCGCGGAGAGCAUCAAAAGAUAGCGUGA